GAAUUUGCCCAAUAAGUGAAUCAUAAAAGUAAAAUAAAAGAGUGGGAUUGUUAUCUAAGGCGUAAAAGGAAAAAAAAAAGUUGAAAAGGAAAAGAAAAAAGCGUGGGUUUGUGAGAGUGAGAAGGUGUGAGGGUAAAGUCUAGGGUUUGGCGGGGCGGAGGUGAUUGGAUUGGAAUCGGCGGUGUUGACAAACGACCGGCGAGGAGGCAUGAAGCUCACCGUCAAGACUUUGAAAGGCAGCCAUUUCGAAAUCAGGGUUCAGCCCUCAGACACUAUUAUGGCUGUGAAGAAAAAUAUUGAAGAUGUACAAGGCAAAGAUAAUUACCCAUGUGGACAGCAAUUGCUGAUCCACAAUGGCAAGGUUUUGAAAGAUGAAACUACAUUAGCAGACAAUAAGGUCUCUGAGGAUGGCUUUCUUGUUGUAAUGCUUAGUAAGAGUAAAACCUUGGGAUCUGCUGGCACUUCAUCAAGUCAGCCUGCUAGCAACCCACCUAUAACUGUAUCAACACCAAAUUCCUCGUCUCUAGUACAAACCCAAUCUGCUAACAAUAAUGCUCCUGCAACAGAUGUCACAACUACAAAUGUGACUACGGAUACUUAUGGCCAGGCUGCUUCAAAUUUAGUUGCUGGUAGUAAUCUUGAGCAGACUAUUCAGCAAAUUAUAGACAUGGGUGGUGGCAGUUGGGACAGAGAUACAGUUAGUCGUGCUCUCCGAGCAGCUUACAAUAACCCAGAGCGUGCUGUGGACUACCUGUAUUCAGGAAUUCCUGAAGCAGCAGAAAUUGCUGUGCCAGCUGCUCCUUACCCAAAUAGUCAGACAACUGAAACAGAUGGGGUCACUGCCGGAGCUGUUCCUGGUGUCCCUAACUCUUCUCCCUUGAAUAUGUUUCCACAGGAAGCAAUUUCUGGUGUUGGAGCCGGAAUUGGGUCACUUGACUUUCUAAGAAACAAUCCCCAGUUUCAAGCAUUGCGAUCAAUGGUGCAAUCCAAUCCGCAAAUUCUGCAGCCUGUACUUCAGGAGCUUGGAAAGCAGAAUCCUGGUCUCUUAAGAGUAAUUCAAGAGAAUCAUGCUGAGUUUCUCCAGUUGAUUAACGAACCUAUUGAGGGUUCAGAAGGUGAUAUAUUUGAUCAACCUGAACAAGACAUGCCUCAUGCAAUCAAUGUGACGCCAGCUGAGCAGGAGGCAAUUGGAAGGCUUGAAGCAAUGGGAUUUGAUAGAGCCUCAGUCAUAGAGGCAUUUUUAGCAUGUGACCGUGACGAGCAAUUGGCAGCCAACUACUUAUUAGAAAAUGCUGGAGAUUUUGAGGAUUAACUCACUGACCUACAUCAAUUUGUAGUUUUGUUUGGGCCUUUUUGGAGGGUGGGAGCUGUUGCAUUUUUUUCCCUUUACUAUGUCUUGGAAAAUUUAUGCGGGUAGAGUUUUAGAUAUGGUUUGACGUAUUUGACUGGAACAGUGGACAAGUACUCUUGAUUUUAGAUUGGUUAGUUUAUACAACAGUGUUUCUAGUUAUCUUCCUUGAUGAAAUAGCAAAAAGCUCAAAUUGUGAGCUGAUUUA